AUGACGAUCUUUGGAGAGAAUUUUAUUUGGUACGCUAACGGAACAAUCCAAGACGAACCAACGGAAGCCUCAUGCAACUACAUCUUCUUCAUAUCACUGUCCCUCAAUCUCCUCAUCACCACAAUAAUAAACCCCGUGGUGCUAUCUAUCCGACUAAAAACUGCAGCACGGAGCAUACCCAGCUUCCUAACAUCCUUCCUGAUGGUAACAGACCUGGUCACCAACACCUAUUUCCCCGUACUAUGGGGAUACAAGCUGCUGAGGGAGAAGGAGGAAGAUAAACUGGUCUAUCUGACAACCACGCCCUACGAGGUAUUCAACACGUGCCUGCUUGAGAUCGUGUCCAUUCUCUCGGUCUGGUACGUGGCAGUUUUGAGUAACCUGGCUAAGGACAGUAUAAUCCAUCCACUGAAGAGGAGAUCCGUGAAGAGAAUUAAAGGUAUCAUCGUCGGAGGGACCGGUUCUGUUGUGGUCUUGGUAAUCACUGUGGUUGCAGUUUUCGUGGUGGUACUGCCCGAGCAUUUAACCAUGAUAUUUUCCAGAUAUAAUCAAAAAGUUGGUGAUCUUCAAAACAUAGCAAUCCAAAUUUUCUUGGCAAUACGAAGUGUUUGUAUUGUCCAGAUCAUCUCACCGUACCUCCACGUAGCGUACAAGCUGAUGAUAAAGAAAUCAGGGAUGGAGGAGACAAGAGUUCAAAGAGAGAAAGGAGGUAGGGCCGCUUUAGCCAUGAGCCUCGCUGCUAUCGCGGGGUACAUAUUCGAGCUUACAACAAAAUUUACCCCAUACUUGGCACAAGGAAACUUAAAUUAUUACAACAGUUUCAUUAUUAAUUGCUUCAUACCGUCGAUGCUAGCAGCGUACAAUUCGUUCAUUCAGCUAGCUCUGGUGAAUGAAGUAAAGAAACGGUUCACACCAAAUAGAUCAGGAGGAGUUGUUGCUCCAGUUCAGCACACAAGAGCUUGUGAAUUACAGUCUGCCAAUCCUGAAGAGAAGCAGCCUAAUAUCAUUUACAUUCUGAGCGAUGACCUGGGCCAUGGAGACCUUGGUUUUACUGGAGGGAGAAUCAAAACACCAAACUUGGAUAAACUGGCAAAUGAAGGUGUGCUCCUAAAACAGCACUACGUCCAGCCGAUUUGCUCUCCCACCCGGAGUGCUCUAAUGUCAGGCAGGUAUCCAAUACACACAGGACUUCAGCAUUUCGUCAUUCUUCCAGGUCAACCCUGGGGGCUUCCUCUUGACGAGACUAUUAUUCCUCAAAUACUUAAGGAGUACAACUACUCAACUCAUGCUGUGGGAAAGUGGCAUCUUGGCAUGCACACAUGGUCCUACACCCCUGCACAUCGUGGGUUCGAUGACUUCUUUGGAUGGUGUAACAUCAGUGGCAGACAAUUAUCAGAGAACAAAGCUUCGGAGAGGACGAGAUCCUGCUCAAACAUUGAUCUUAUCCCCACGUUUGUGGGCACCAGCUUCCAAACUACGGGAACAGAUGGGAAAGAAUGGAAACUCAUCUUAGGACAGGGGUCCUCCGAACGGCUGGUACCCAGCUCCAAGACUGACGAUCUCGAGAAGACCGCGACAGAACUUGCCACAAACCCUAUCGCAGGCCUCGUGGAGUUUACAAUAUCGAGCUGGAUCCUUACGAACGAAGAAAUGUGUCCGACCGCUACCCUCACCUUAGCUAUGAUUUGUUUCGUUGUUCUUUGUGCACUGUCGAUAGUGCAGUCUGUAACAUUUGACAAGAGGCAGCCUAAUAUCAUUUACAUUCUGAGCGAUGAUCUGGGCCAUGCAGACGUCGGUUUUACUGGAGGGAAAAUCGAAACACCAAACUUGGAUAAACUGGCAAAAGAAGGUGUGCUCCUAAAACAGCACUACGUUCUUCCAGUCUGUUCUCCAACUCGAGGAGCUCUGAUGUCAGGUAGGUAUCCGAUACACACGGGUAUGCAACACGGAAUCAUCCAUCCAGGUGAACCCUGGGGUCUUCAUCUGGACGAGACCAUCAUCCCUCAGGUGUUAAAGGAGUACAACUACUCAACUCAUGCUGUGGGAAAGUGGCAUCUUGGUAUGCACACAUGGUCCUACACCCCUGCACAUCGUGGGUUCGAUGACUUCUUUGGGUAUUAUCUGGGAAGUCAGGACUACAACACCCACAUAAGGGGCGGAGGAUAUGAUCUGAGAGACGAUUACUGGACUAAGAAAGGCAAGUUCGUUGACGAUGUGAGAUAUGAUUUAAAGGGACAGUACAGCACGGAGCUUUACACUCAGCGGAUGGUAAAUCUGAUCUCUGACAAGAAGGCUCAAAAGAACCCCUUCUUUAUUUAUAUGGCCUAUCAAAACGUACACGCUCCUCAUAUGGUCCCACAGAGGUACAUAGACCAGUAUUCGACCCAUAUAAAAGAUGGACCGGAGAAAACCUUCGCAGCGAUGGUCAGUGCAAUGGACGAAGGGAUAGGAAACAUAACCGCAGCACUGGAGGCAGCAGGUUUGGCUGAUAACACCGUCAUCGUAUUCAGCUCUGACAAUGGAGCACAUGUUGGUUAUGUGAAACAUAUUACAGGUAGCAAUUAUCCGUUCAGAGGCGGUAAACGCUCUAUUUACGAGGGUGGGAUCAGGUCUCCUUCAUUUGUAUGGGCUAGAGGUCGACUAGCUCAUGCAACAUCCAAUGCUCUCAUUCACGUUACUGAUUGGCUGCCCACAUUUUGGGGUCUUGCUAGUCUGCAAGGGAAGCUAAAGCCAAACAACCCCAUCAAAACUAAAUCACUAGAUGGUGUAAAUCAGUGGCAGACAAUAUCAGAGAACAAAGCUUCGGAGAGGACGGAGAUCUUACUGAAUAUUGAUCCUUAUCCUCUUGGUAGCAGGCACCCACUUCCUACCUAUGGUAUCAUAUGGAAAGAGUGGAAACUAAUCUUAGGAUCAGGGGGUCCCCCGGACGGCUGGUACCCUGCACCAAGUCUGAAUGAGGUGGACCGGGCUUGUCACAGACCAGUGAAUGGCUAUGUAGAACUGUACAACAUCGAGCUGGAUCCAUACGAACAUAAAAAUGUGUCUGAUCGCUACCCUCACCUUGUAAAGAAGCUAACUCACAAGUUGAUGGCAUACAAUGCAACUGCUGUUCCACCAGGGAAUACUAAACAUGACCCAGCUUCAAGUCCUAAGAAUUUCAACCACACAUGGAUGCCUUGGAUGAAAGAUGGGGAGGAAGUAGGGGAGAAUUUGAGGAAGAACUUUUGGGAGAUGGAAGAGUACAACUGGGUUCAGAUAGAGGUGGAAGAGCUGCCGGACCCUUGCUACCAGGUUGUGAAUAACGAUGUAGAUAUAUGAGCUAUGACGGAAACUAUGCAUAGCAAUUUUUGGAGAAGAAUAACAUCAACAUGUACACUGCGAGAGUACGAUCAAAACUAUAAUAUUGGGGGCUUGCUACGCUCAAGCUGAAUAUAAUGAUUUAUG